CCUAGGGCUGGGUACCGGGUCCUCAAAGCGCCCCGGUUCAGCGCAGGCUUCGGUGUGCGGGAGACGGCUCCUGUCGCGCUUUCCUCUGCGUCCGCUGCUGGAACCAUGCCUUCUGCCGCGUUGAAGUCCCCGCGCCUGCGCCGGGUGUUCGUGGUCGGCGUUGGCAUGACCAAGUUCAUAAAGCCUGGAAGUGAGAAUUCAAUGGAUUAUCCUGAUAUGGCAAAGGAAGCAGGCCUGAAGGCAUUGGCAGAUGCCCAGAUUCCUUAUUCUGCUGUGGAGCAGGCAUGCGUUGGUUAUGUGUAUGGCGACUCCACCUGUGGGCAGAGGGCUAUCUAUCACAGUUUGGGACUGACAGGCAUUCCUAUAGUUAAUGUCAACAAUAACUGCGCUACUGGUUCUACGGCUUUGUUUAUGGCCCGGCAACUAAUUCAAGGAGGUGUGGCAGACUGUGUGUUGGCUCUUGGGUUUGAGAAGAUGGAGAAGGGACCACUUGGAAUGAAAUUUGGAGAUCGGUCUAAUCCAAUUGACAAACAUCUUGAUGUCUUGAUCAAUAAGUAUGGAUUGUCUGCCCACCCAAUUGCUCCACAGAUGUUUGGGAGAGCUGGGAAGGAGCAUAUGGAAAAAUAUGGAACAAAAGUUGAACACUUUGCAAAAAUUGGAUGGAAAAAUCACAAACACUCAGUUAAUAACCCGUAUUCCCAGUUCCAGAGCGAAUACAGCUUAGAUGAAGUAAUGAAAUCUAGGACGAUUUUCGAUUUUCUGACUGUCUUGCAAUGCUGUCCCACCUCCAAUGGCGCUGCAGCGGCAAUUUUGUCUAGUGAAGAUUUCGUACUGAAGUAUGGCCUGCAAGACAAAGCUGUGGAAAUUGUGGCACAGGAGAUGAUGACUGAUUUGCCAAGCACAUUUGAAGAAAAAAGCAUUAUUAAAAUGGUUGGUUUUGAUAUGACUAAAGAAGCCGCCAGGAAGUGCUAUGAGAAGUCCGGCCUGAGACCCACCGACGUCGAUGUGAUAGAGCUUCAUGACUGCUUUUCUGCCAAUGAGCUCCUGACUUACGAAGCCCUGGGGCUCUGUCCAGAAGGGCAAGGUGGAACACUGGUUGACAGAGGAGACAACACUUACGGAGGAAAGUGGGUCAUAAACCCUAGUGGCGGACUCAUUUCUAAGGGACACCCACUGGGAGCAACAGGUCUGGCUCAGUGCGCGGAGCUCUGCUGGCAGCUGAGAGGCGAAGCCGGAAAGAGACAGGUUCCUGGGGCAAAGGUGGCUCUGCAGCACAAUUUAGGCCUCGGAGGAGCUGUGGUGGUUACACUCUACAGGAUGGGUUUUCCUGGAGCUGUCAGCUCCCGAGCACACCAGAUCGAGGCUGUGCCCACCAGCUCUGCGGUUGAUGGGUUCAAGGCGAAUCUUGUCUUUAAGGAGAUCGAGAAGAAGCUCGAAGAGGAAGGGGAGCAGUUCGUGAAGAAAAUCGGUGGUAUUUUUGCCUUCAAAGUGAAGGAUGGCCCAGGCGGCAAAGAAGCCACCUGGGUGGUGGACGUGAAGAACGGCAGAGGGUCGGUGCUUCCCAACUCAGAUAAGAAGGCUGACUGCACAAUCACCAUGGCUGACUCAGACUUGCUGGCUAUGAUGACUGGUAAAAUGAAUCCUCAGUCGGCCUUCUUUCAAGGUAAAUUGAAAAUCGCUGGUAACAUGGGGCUGGCGAUGAAACUGCAGAACCUUCAGCUUCAGCCCGGCAAAGCUAAGCUGUGAGGAGCUCCUCCGGCAACCUCGGCUCGUCAGAUGUAGAUACGUAGCCGUCCACGGCCAUUAUCAGGACUUAGAUGACACUUCUGAAUAGCGGGAGGUAGAUUUGUUGCUGAGCGGGUGUGACCAAUCAUGUUUUUCCGGAGCUGGAGGUGAAUGGGGCCUCCCAGCUACCACUGCUGCUCUGAGGACUUGCAUAUGGUUGUGCAUGACAAAGCUACUGUAGCAAUGAUGGUUUGGGGUAAAUUUGAGUUUCAGAAUAAAAUUCAGAACAGUGAAAUCCGAAGACUGUAAACAAAGCUCUUGCUUUGCUUAGAAGUAUAUCUAAGGACCAUUGUGCGGAACACUUGGUGUGAGAGUUCCUAGGGGACUGGAGAAGAAGCAGACUUCCGGAGUUGACCAGGAGUUCGUGUCUUGCACUUAAUUACCUGCAUCAAGUUGUCCCUAAUAGUUCUUAAAAUAAAAUUCUAAACUCUUAAAAAAAUUUUUUUUUUGAAAAUGUGCAUUUCAUGCCAUCAGAAACAGUUCUUUUCUUCCCAAAUAAAAUACAAGAGUUAUGGUCAGAGCUUAGAUAGAAUUUACAGCUGAACAGGGCUAUUUUUAAAAUAUGUUUUUAAAAUGGGUAUUCUUUAAAAAUUCAGGGUAUUAGAGCCGUUGGAUGCCAUUGCUAAAAAUAAUUGAAUAACAUCUCUUUCAGAGGCACAAGUUUCAAAUUUUAACUUCAUAAACUGAGUCUCAUAAUUUUCCUUUUUCAUACACUCAAUUGUCUGCAUUUAUCUUUCUAUUUUUCUUGAUUCUAAUGCUCUUUGUUAUAACUUAGGUUUGGAUAAAAAUAAUGCUUUUAGAAGAUUUAAAAAGAAAAUUAAAAUAGCUCU